GCGACAACGACGAGGAUGGUGCAGGCAGCGCCAUGGCCGACGUGGGCGAGCUACCCAUGCGCGGGCCUUGGAGCUGCGCUAGCCUGUAUGCACGUGUGGAGCGCGUGGCGGCGGCAAUCGGCGGUCGACGCCAGGCCGCCGGGCUUUGCUGCGUUUCAGCGCGAGUACCUCGGCGUGCAUGGCCUCGUCAUGUUGGCCGACUGGCUGCAAGGCCCCAACAUGUACACGCUCUACCAGAGCUAUGGCAUGGACGUCGGGAAGCUCUUCAUGCUCGGCUUCCUCUCGUCCGCCGUCGCCAGCAGCUUUGUGGGGCGCUACGUCGACAUCUAUGGCCGCAAGCGCGCGUGCUUGGUCUACGUGGCCCUCGAGCUCGUCAUCAAUGUGCUCGAGCAUGUCCCACACUUUGGUCUGCUUGCGCUCGGUCGCGUCCUCGGCGGUCUCUCGACGGCGCUGCUCUUCUCGGCCUUUGAGAGCUGGAUGGUCACCGAGCAUCGCAAGCGACACUUUCCAGAACCGCUGCUCAGCUCGACGUUUGCGCUCGCGUCCGAGAUCAGCGGUCUCGUGGCCAUCGUCGCGGGGAUCGUGGCGCAAAUCGCCGCCGAUCGGUUCGGCGACAUUGCCCCCUUCCAGGUCGCGCUGCUCGUCACGUUUUUCGCCGGGCUUUGCAUUCUUCGGUGGCCCGAGAACGUCGACGCGCGGGCGACGUCAUCGUCCUCGGCCGUCGCAUUGGCCUCGAUACGACGGCUCGUCACGGCCGACAUGCUUUUGAUUGGCCUCGCUGCAAGCUUGUACGAAGGCGCCAUGUACAACUUUGUCUUUCUCUGGGUCCCGUCGCUGCAGGCGAUAACGUCGCCACUGCCCACGGGCUUGGUCUUCGCCAGCUUCAUGCUGUGCAUCGCCCUCGGUGGAAAGCUGUUUGCAAUGGCGCAAGACAUGCAGCUCGACGCGGCCCUUGUCGCGACGGUCGUCGCCCUCGUCUCGAGUGCUUGCUUGGCGACGCCUGCGGUCACAUCGGAGCUCGCGCCAGUCUUUACAGCGUUUCUCCUCUUCGAGGUCUGCGUCGGUGUCUUCUUCCCGUGCUCGGCGACGCUACGCGCGCAGUACUUUGGCGAUGCGCGUCUCAGCACAGUCCUCUCACUCUUUCGACUGCCGACCAACGUGCUCGUCCUUCUCGGCACGGCGCUCGCCGAGACGACGCCCGACUCGACGAUCUUUGUGGCCUGCAGCGGCGUCCUCGCCGUCGCGGGACUUUGCGUCAGCCGCGUCCCGCUCGCCCACGUAAAAGUCGAAUAAAAACAGGGGUUAAC